UUUGUGUGAACCACAAACAUACACCUCACAUACCAAUUAAUGGUGGGACAACAUUUUUCCCUUCCUCAAUCAUUCAUGGUUUGAGAUAUAAUUUGUUCGACUGACAGAGAGAGGAAGAGAGAGAUGGGAGAAAUUAAACAUUUCAGCCAUGAACAUGGUUUGACUCCAUGUAGUGAUCUUGCGUGUUCUGGUAAUUGUCAUGGUUGUAUGAGACGCAUCUCCGGUCCGGCCUAUCGUUGCUCCAAGGACUGCAACUUUUUCAUCCACCAAUGGUGUGCUGAACUGCCACGAGCCAUAACACACCCCCUUCACCCCCGACACACUCUCGUACUUCACACUAAAACGCACAAACGCCGGCGGUGCCAUGCCUGUGGCUGCUACAGCCAUGGCUUCUUCUUGUGUUGUUGUAUUCCUGAUUGUCAAUUUCGACUUGAUGCCAUAUGCGCUUGGCUGACACCCAAAAAAGACCAAGAAGACCGUCAUGAACACAAGAUCAAUUGUAUUAGUCCAACUUCGCAAUCCUUGAUUCAAACGCAUCUCUUGAUCCUUUGCGAUAUGAGUAAGAAUUUUGAUCUUUUAUGUUGUGCUUGCAAGCUACCUUUUCAAGAUUCGAUCUAUGUGUGCCUUGUAUGCAAACUCUUGCUGCACAAAACCUGCUUCGAAUUCCCACUAGAGAUAUUCAAACACCCCUUCCACCCACAACACACACUCACCCUCCAUUCAAGAGAAGGCCGUCAUGUACACACGUGUCGUGCUUGCGGCCACCGUCAAAUGCAAUUCUUCUACAGGUGUGUUGAUUGUCCAUUUAAGCUGGACAUUGUAUGCGCUUCUCUAACACUCACCACAAACUCUGAAGGUCACAAGCAUCGUAUUCAACAUAUGGGCCGAAACCAUCGGUUGAUUAUUUGUGAUAUGAAGUACAAAUUUAAUCCUUCUUGCUCUGUCUGCUUGCUACCUUUUCAGGAUUCGACGAUUUAUGUUUGUCUUAAGUGCAGAAUUUUGCUGCACAAAUCAUGUUUUGAAUUGCCAAGAAAGAUCAAACAUCAUCCAUUUUGGCCAAAAUACAAUUUCAGGCUAGAUCAACCAUUUCUUAAGGAAUCUGUAGACUGCGAGGCAUGUGAAGAGUCAAUUGAUUAUGGUUGUUCAUACUCUUCUGAAUAUUGUGAUUGUGAAUAUUGUGACAAUAAACCCGGAUUUUUUGGAACAAUCUUUAGGUUUUUUGAGUCUAGCGUCUAUAUUCAUGCCAAAUGUGGUUUACUUAAGCCCACCAUAAUGUCUAAUCUUCACGAUCACCCUCUUGCUUUCAUCAAGAAGAAGGGAUCAUUUGGUAACUCUAAAUGCAGGAUUUGUGAUAGGUAUAUCGACACGGCUUUUCUUCGUUGUGAGACCAGCUGUGAUUACAGUAUCCACGUCCGUUGCUAUCCAGCAUUGCCAAACACCAUCAAAGUUCAAUAUCACUUGCAUCCUCUAGCCAUCACAAAUUCUCCGGUCAAAGACUUUCCGGAUGAAGAUGAGAAUGCAGAAUUAUACUGUGAUGCCUGUGAGGAAAGAAGAUACCUUCUACACCCGACCUAUUAUUGUGCCGAAUGCCAUUUUGUUGCUCAUGUUGAUUGCGACUGUGUGGUCUCUGAGGUUGUACGUGUGCUAGAGGAAGAGUGGUCCAAUACUCGCAAACCUGGGGAUACAGAGUCAGACACAUCAACUGGUGUGGUUGAAGAUACAAAGUCAGACACAUCAACUGAUGAUGAUGUGGUUGAAGAUACAAAUAGUGCAGAGAUGGAGAGAUCAGAGAUGGAUAGUGAAGGUGAAGACACUGAUGUGUUUGAAGAGCACGAUUUUGAUUUCGACACUGAUUCUUCGAGAGCAGAGCUUGAGAGAACAGAGCUGGAUAGUGCAAGUGAAGAUGACUUGGUUAGGGAUACUGAAAAUUUGGGUUUUGUUGAACUAAAUGAAGAAAUAGCAAUGCUUCGUCAAAAGGUGGUUAGAGAGAUUGGAAGCUCUGCCCUUGUUAAACUAAAUGAAGAGAUAGAAGCAGUUCGUGCAAAGGUAGAGGCACAGAAAGCACAACUACAGAUUGUGCUUCAACACACUGAAGCACUUGAGAAAGAGAGCUCAAAACUUUUAUAUAGUCUCCCAACAGAAAAUGGGUAAUACAAGAUAAACCAAAGUGUAGUGAUGAAGACCCUAAGGCUGGUUAAGGGCCUACGGUAGGCGUAGGAGGCUACCCUAAAGCUGGAAUCACAUUUUGCAAGCUGGAACAAGUUGGGUUCAUGUUUUGCAAGCUGGACAGAAGAUGUACAAAGCUGAUUCAAUGUAUUUUGAUUGUUUGCCUUGAUAUUUUUUGUGCUAAAUGACUACAAAUAGGCAUAUAUUUCAGUAUUAGUUUGAGAUUAAUGAAAUAUAAACUCAGUUCUGUUCU